GUUUGUAGCCGUGGACAACGUGAAACAAAAUCAUCAUUACCUCCUUGUCACCGAAUUAUAUCACCAUGGCAACUUCUGACUACGUGCAAGCAUCUGCCACAGCGCGGAAAAGGAGGGCUGCAAACAUCAGUGCCUUUUAUAAGCCUCCUAGUUGGCCUGAACAAGAUCUCCCCAACAACUUGACCGAGUUUGGGUUAAAUUCCGGUUAUCUGACCCCGGAUGAACUCGAGGUCGUCCAGUCUGAAGCAGACGUGAUAUUAGAAAAGAUCAAGUCCAAGACAUGGACAUCGCUGCAUGUUGCCAAAGCAUUCUGCAAGGCGUCGGCUCUGGCUCAACAAUUGACCAACUGCUUGACCGAAGUACUGUAUGCUGAAGCGGAACAACGUGCCCAGGAACUUGAUGACUAUCAAGCAAGGACAGGCAAGCUCAUCGGUCCCCUCCAUGGCUUGCCAAUCUCAUUGAAGGACUGCUUCAUCACUGCACCACACCCAUCAUCCAAUGGAUUGGCAGCGUUUGCCAACGAGCCUUUGGAUCAGGACACGCUCCUAGUGACCCUGCUGCGCGAUCUGGGAGCCGUCUUCUACGUCAAGACCAAUGUCCCUGUUGCGAUGAUGAUGGCCGAGACCAACAACAACGUCUGGGGAGAAACCAGAAACCCGCUCCAUAAACUGCUUAGCCCAGGCGGCUCUAGUGGCGGAGAAGGUGCUUUGAUAGCAUUCAAAGCUUCCCCAUUAGGGAUUGGUACGGAUAUUGGUGGAAGCAUCAGAAUUCCCGCUGGCUGGUGUCAUCUCUACGGUCUCAAGCCGAGUUUUGGUAGGUUCCCAACUUAUGGCGGAAAACCUGGCAUUGCUGGACAGGAAUAUAUUCUCGCGGUUAAUGGACCUAUGGCGAGGUCUUUAAAGACCAUUCAACUAUACUCCGAAGCAGUCCUGUCUGAGCAGGUGAGCCCAUGGGAUUACGACCACAAGGCAUUACCCAUUCCCUGGAGGAAGAAUGUGAUUCAGCCACCAGGGAGAAAGCUUCGGUUCGGUCUCAUUGGCGUUGAUGAUGGUCUGGUUCACUGCCAUCCACCCGUCGAACGGGCACUGAAGAUGACUAAGGCUGCUUUGGAAAAGCAAGGCCAUGAGGUCAUUCCAUGGUCUGUAGACGACCACGAUGUCAUCAUCAAGAACCUCCAGGCCGCAUUCUUCGACCUCGGCGGCGCCGCCAUCAUGGACAUUGUCAAACCAUACAAUGAGCCCGUCUUCCCCAGCAUGCAAGGCUAUGCUGUAGCUGCCGAGGCCGGCGAAGGCGAACUCGGACCGACCAAGAUGCGCAUGAUGAACAUGCGGCGCAACCAGCUCCAAAAGGCAUAUUUGGACCGCUGGAACGCGUCCGCGACCGAUGGUAAACCCCGAAUCGACGGAAUUAUCCAGGCCGUCAGCCCAUGGGCGGCCCCUCGGUUGGGAGAGACGCAAAGAUCCGGCCUGUAUGUCGGCUAUACCGGCGUAUGGAAUCUGCUGGAUUUCUCCGCUUGCACUUUCCCCGUGACUUUUGCCGACAAGAACCUCGACCCACCAAGGGACAUGAGUUCCUUCAAACAGCUCAGUGAUAUCGACGGUCGCAUUCAGCGGGAUUAUGAUCCAGAACUCUAUCACGGAGCCCCGGUCUCAUUGCAAAUUGUCGGUCGUAGACUUGAGGAGGAAAAGGUACUCGAAAUGACUGAGGUCAUUGCUAAUGCUCUGAAAGCGGCAUGAAGAAGCAUGUAAUGGCCCAAAGAAACGAGAAAAUGCCGCGAUCCUUUGCUAAAUGAUGGUUAUUCGUCAUGUAUAUCAUAGACAUUGGUCUUAGGUUUUGUGCCGAAGGCUGUGGCUCUGACUGCCAAUCUAAUUUGGAUAUCCCACAGAAGGCUCUACGGUAAAGGGGGUUCAACGAAGCGGACCUUGCACGUGGGAUGGCCACAUAUCACACAACAAACGAAUGCCUGCU